CUUUUCCCGCCCGGCACAGCACACUAGUUGAGGCAUUCCGCAGGAGCUCCGCCCUCCACGCGCUGGGAGUCACAGGCACAGGCACUCUCACUUCUGCUGCUGGACUGUGUGUCGCGUUCGCCAUGGUAUCGAGCACAGUAAAUCAGAGUAAAAACGAGUCUCACGCGCCAAAAACGAAGGAAGUGGAACUGCCGGGUGUCAGUGUCGGCGGAUCGCAUAUUGUCUUUACAGUCGUCGAACUGCUCCUGUCCUUAACUGCUUUCAUCCUGGAGGAGCUCAUCAUCACUUGCACAUCCUGUUUGCCCCUUUACUACUUUGAGUUUGCCAGCUUCACAGCCUCCCUCUUCACACUUCUCUUCCUCAUUGUGGGCUUUAUGGACCUUCCGAGGACACUGGACAUCCCGUGGCUCUCCUGUCUGGAACUGUUCACCAAAAUGGCAGUUUGUGCACUUUUUUUCAUUGCAUCCAUUGUAUUUUUUUACAACAACGACAGGACCCAGUUGGAGAUGACUGCCAUGGCUUUUGGGUUCUUAGCAACUUUUGUGUUCAUGACUGACAUCGGAAUCCAUGUGAAAAUGGGAAUGCUGAUGAAAGCUGAUCGACCCAGUGUGAUCAAGAAGGGGGCAAAUUCCUGUGGAGUGCCACACACCUGAGUAAUAAUAUACACCAGAAUUGUUUGGAUGACACUAAGCAGCAUAUUGCUUGCAGUACUUCAAGUUUCAGAAGCAGGGUUGACAGCCUUAAUCCCUAAUAAUUUUUCCACCUGCUCUAAAGUAAACAUACUUUAAAAGUAAGGAAGGUCACGAUAUUGCCAUGUACAUUUGUAAAGUUUAAUAAUGAAAAAGAGAUCAGUUUCCUCCAUUGACUCAAGUUUUUUAAGUCUUUAAAUCACCCAUUUAUAUAAGGACUUGUUUGCGAACAGGGUGCUAUGGGAUGGUCAUAUACUGAGCAAAAAAUGUGAUCUUUUGAUUCUACACACAUAAUUUGAGGUAGGUGAGGUAGGAGCAUGUAAAUACCACCUGCUAACGCUUACUAUAGGUAAAGUGUAAAAAUUCAAAUGUAAUAUUUUAUUUAAGUUCAUGCUUAAAGCACACACACUGUCUGAGCCAC